AUUGGUUCAGACCAAUAAUAUGACGGUGUGGCGUAAAAUUUCCGCAUCGUGCAACUUGUUCUACAGAACAGGGUGAGAGGUGUUGCUAUCAAUCAUGGCGGACGUGCAGUCGGAGGCGCCUACCCAGCCCGAUCUCAUGGAGGCGGAUGAGCCGCUCCUGAGCAACCUGGACAUCUUCCUCUUCUCGCUCAUCGCUGGCCUGGUCAUCUACUGGUUCACCUUCCGCAAGAAGCCGGAGCCCAUCCCCGAGUUCAAGAAGCUUGACAUGCCAGCCCCUAGCACCAGGGAAACCAGCUUCAUCGAGAAAAUGAAGAAAACCGGCCGAAACAUUGUGGUGUUCUACGGCUCCCAGACGGGCACAGCCGAGGAGUUUUCCAACCGACUGUCCAAGGAUGCCCAGCGCUACGGCAUGAAGGGGAUGGCAGCGGACCCGGAGGAGUACGACUUGUCGGAGUUGGCGCGUUUGUCGGAGAUCGAAAACUCUCUGGCCAUCUUCUGCAUGGCCACCUACGGCGAGGGCGACCCUACGGACAAUGCCCAGGACUUCUACGAUUGGCUUCAGGAAGGCGACGCAGACCUGGAUGGACUCAACUUCGCCGUGUUUGCGUUGGGAAAUAAAACGUACGAGCACUACAACGCCAUGGGCAAAUACGUGGACAAGAGACUGGAAGAGCUUGGAGGCAAGAGAGUGUUUGACCUCGGCAUGGGAGACGACGACGGCAACCUGGAGGAGGACUUUGUCUCGUGGAGGGAGCAGUUCUGGCCGGCCAUGUGUGAGCACUUUGGAGUGGAGGCCACUGGCGAGGAGUCCAGCAUCCGUCAGUACGAGCUGAAGGUGCACGACGACCUCAACAUGAACAAAGUGUACACUGGAGAGCUGGGUCGACUCAAGAGCUUUGAGAGCCAGAAACCGCCCUUUGACUCUAAAAACCCCUUCCUGGCACCGGUGACGGUGAACCGCAAGCUGAACAAGGGGGGCGACCGCCACCUCAUGCACCUGGAACUGGACAUCACCGGAUCCAAGAUCAGAUAUGAGUCAGGAGAUCACGUGGCUGUUUAUCCCAUCAAUGACACAACUAUUGUGACCAAGUUGGGUGAUAUCCUUGGAGUGGACCUCGACACUGUUAUCUCUCUCAACAACCUUGACGAGGAGUCCAAUAAGAAGCACCCAUUCCCCUGCCCCACUACCUACCGCACCGCUCUGACCCACUACCUGGACAUCACGCACCCUCCGCGCACCAACGUGCUCUAUGAGCUGGCCCAGUACGCCACUGACCCCAAGGACCAGGAGAACAUGCGCAAGAUGGCCUCCUCCUCCUCCGAGGGCAAGGCGUUGUACCAGAGCUUCGUGCUGGACCCGUCCAGGAACAUCCUAGCCAUCCUUGAGGACAUGCCAUCGCUGAAGCCCCCUGCUGACCACCUGUGUGAACUGCUGCCUCGCCUACAGGCGCGAUACUAUUCCAUCGCCUCCUCCUCCAAGGUACACCCCAACAGCAUCCACGUCUGCUGCGUGGUGGUGGAGUACAAGACCAGCACGGGCCGCACCAACAAGGGCGUGGCCACCAACUGGCUGAAGAGCAAGCUGCCCACCGACAACGGCCACAAGGCCACCGUGCCUAUGUACGUGCGCAAGUCCCAGUUCCGCCUGCCCUUCAAGGCCACCAACCCGGUCAUCAUGAUCGGGCCCGGCACGGGCAUCGCUCCCUUCAUUGGCUUCGUCCAGGAGCGCGGGUGGUUAAAGGAGCAAGGAAAAGAGGUUGGUGAGACAGUGCUGUAUUACGGCUGCCGACACAAGAACGAGGACUACCUGUACCAAGAGGAGCUCGAGGAGUUUGAGAAGACAGGCGUUCUAACCAAGCUUAACGUGGCCUUCUCCAGAGACCAGGAUCAGAAGGUGUACGUCCAGCACCUCAUAAAGAAUAACAAGGAGGAGAUCUGGAACCAGGUCCACUCACAAAGUGCACAUAUCUACAUUUGUGGGGAUGCUCGUAACAUGGCACGAGACGUGCAGGCGGCAUUCUACGAUAUCGCUGAGGAGCUGGGAGGCAUGACGCACGCCCAGGCCACCGACUAUGUCAAGAAACUGAUGACCAAGGGGCGCUACUCGCAGGACGUGUGGAGCUAAACGCCUAUCCCCACCCCACCCCACCCCCUCCAAGCACCAGCCUCCUCCCUUGAACAGUAUGGGGGGGGGGGGGGGGGGUACCAGGGGGCUGGACACAAGUCUAUCUUCUACAGUUAUUUUUAGUUUUGAAUUUUGUUUUUGUCAUUGUUGGUUUUUACAUGUUUCUUGAGACCACAUGUGCACACCAAAAACAGUCUCUUAAGAAUGGUAAGGUGAACAAUGCUUUGGGCUGACUCCAUAAACUCAUUGUACAUAUGAUGGGGGGGGGGGGGGGGGGGUUGCAAUGUGCUAAAUGUGGACCAAAUCUCACUUCCGCAGUGACCAGGAGAUUGAGGAGGAUUUAUUAUAGAUAUCAUAUGUGUAAAUUUGUGUAGAAACAUUUUCUGUGCAAAUAAUUAACUUUAUAUCAUCACUGUUGCAUAAUCAAUCCAUGCAGAGCUUGACAAGGAGCCUUUGAAUGUAGCCUUUGACAUUAUGCAUAGUUCCAGUGGCUGUGCAAUGCAUUUAUUUUUUUUAACUGUGUACAGUAAUUGGCGACAGCCACCGCAUAUUGCAAUGCAGGAUCAGUUAAAGGCAUAGGAUGACUCAUUGCGUCUAUCAUGGAGCUUCUCAUAGGGGAAGCUAUGAGGCUGCCUUUUAUGGAUUGUCAUAGUCUUUUUGACUUUCAAGUGUUUGAUGCAAUGUUCCUAAAGUACAUGCAGACUGCAGAGGGGUGUUCUGGCUCAGAUGAAAGCAUCACCCUGUGCACACAUCUUUAUUCCACACUAUUCAGUUUACUUUUUUAAGUGAUUAACUGUGUGGGGUGUAAAGGUUUUUUUUUUUUUUAAGCUCAUCAGUCACUUAAAUGCUUCCGAUUUUAAUGCAAAAAGUUCCCUGAUUUCCCCAAUAUAUCACUAUAUUGUUUGGAAGAGCUCCCAGAUGAGGAUGUAUUUACUUUGAUCAUGGUUUUUCAUGUACUGUAAUUAGAAGCCUGUGAAUUAAUCUUAUUCCGUUUUAGAUUUUCGUAUGUCUCUCUCUAAGUCUGAUGCACAUUUGUGUCCAACAUUUUAAACGGUGCACUUAAACAAGUGGUUUGUUCUGUUCUUAGUUUCACUGAUUGGUGGCUAUUAACAUGGGCUCACUGUGUUCUUGGGUGAAUGCAAGUGUGUCCAAUGUUCACAUUUGAGUGACUUUUAAAAGGGUGGGAUGGGGGGGGGGUGAUGAGCGAUAUGAACUUUGGAACCGCCUGUUAGUACUCUUUUUCUUUUCAAGGAAAUGAUGUCUCCUCUCCAGUCAGACCCCACAAAUUUAUUGUAGACAAAGUGAAUUAGUGCCUUAUUAUAUAGCUUGCCUUCUUUUAACUUGUAUCAAGAGUUAGGUACAUUGAUACUUGCUGUUAUUUUUCUGUCAGCACCAUCAACUUUUAUAUGCAAUUUUCCUAUGUAUUAAUAUAACUAAGGCAUGUCUUUCUAAAUUAAUAAAACUGUGAUUAAAA